GUUUAUUUCACCGUGUCAUAAACAAUGCAAUCUCUUUUUUCAUUUAUUUUCUGUUUAAAAUAAUAAUUAAAAUAUCUUCAAUAAAUGUUAAUGUUCUGGAAGAAACAUAUUAAACGUAUAUUUCUUUAAAUUUUAGUUGAAAUAAUAAAGAAUUCAUGAGAUUAUAAAAGUUUUACAAUCGUUCCUUGAUGAAUGAUUAAGUUUUGCAUAAUAAAUGGAUCAAAAUCUUGAAGAUGUUAAAAAAGCUGCAUUCAAAGCAAUACAAUAUGAUAAUGAAAAACAAUACCAAAAAGCUUUGUGCUGGUAUGAGGUUGCUGUUAGACUCCUCAAUAAAUUAAAUUCUCAUACUUCUUUUUCGCCAAAGCUUAGUGAAUACCAGGAAAGAAUAAAAGUUUUAAAAACAAUCGUCAACGAUGGCGAAAAAAACGAGUCGGAAUCAGAAGCAGGAUCACAAAAAGUUAAAUCUCUUCUCAAAGAAGCUAUGGAUGCCGAUGAAGAAGGAUGGAAGAAUAUUGCAGUACUGCUUUAUGUUGAUGCAGCUCAACUGGGAUUAGAUAUUAAAAAACAGAUCGAAGAUGAAAAUACCAAAGAAAAACUUACAGACUUGGCUCAACGAGCUAUAGUAAGAGCUGAGGAGUUAGAGGGAAUUGUCAGAAAGGAACCAUUCAAUCCUUUAGCUUUACUUCAAAAUUUACCUCCAGUUCCCGAGACCAUCCCAACUUCUCCAACAACUUCUACUCAUACUUCUCCUAAUUUUGGCAAUACUUCGCCCGAGAGACCUCAGAAGCCUCCGUUCCACCGAGGAAGUAGUGCUCACCUUAGGAUAACAGGUGGUAGUGGUAAUUACACAGAAGAAGAGAAGAAAGUGUUGUUAACUACGUCCCACAUAAAUGAUAACGAGUUCGUGCCGUUUAUGACCGUUGAUCUUUCCGAAAAAUUUAAAUCUCAUACGUUGUUUGUUGAUAAAGAUGGUUUAUUAGAGCUUGCGCCAAAGCAAAAAAAAGACUUUGCUCGCUGGGCACGACCGAAUAAUAUUUUUGCGGACCCAAAAAUGUUGAUGAACAACCAUGUGGACUAUUUCAGUAUCAAACAAACUGUUGUUUCAGAUUGUUCUUUUGUAGCAUCUCUUGCCGUUAGUGCUCAGUAUGAAAAAAGAUUUGGUAAUCGUCUUAUUACAUCGAUUAUUUACCCUCAGAAUUCAAACAAAGUUCCUCUUUUCAAUCCUUUUGGCAAAUAUAUGGUGAAACUUCAUAUAAACGGAAUACCGAGAAAAGUUGUAAUUGAUGAUUUAUUGCCAGUUGGCAACAACAAUCAACUUUUGUGUUCAUACUCAAGUAAUCGUGGAGAACUCUGGAUAUCUUUGUUGGAAAAAGCAUACAUGAAAGUCAUGGGUGGCUAUGAUUUUCCUGGGUCAAACAGCAAUAUUGAUCUUCAUGCUCUAACAGGAUGGAUACCAGAGAGAUGUGCAAUCAGGCUAAAUGAGCCAGAUUUUAAUAUUGAUGGAUUAUUUAAGAUUCUCCUAGAGCGACUUCAUACUGGGAAUGUUCUUGCGACUGUUGCUACUGCUGAGUUGUCUGAUGCAGUUUCUGAUAAAACGGGUUUAGUUCCUACACAUGCUUAUGCUGUUUUAGAUGUUCGACUUAUUGAUGGCAAAAAGUUAUUGCAGUUAAAAAAUCCUUGGUCGCACUUGCGAUGGCGGGGGAAUUUUUCCGAACGCGAUGCUGAACAUUGGACACCUCAACUCAGGCGUGCUCUCAAUUAUGAUCCAGAAUCAGCAUCUCAGUACGAUAAUGGAAUUUUUUGGAUUGAUUACUCAAGCAUCUGUCGUUUUUUCGAUGUUUUUUACCUUAAUUGGAAUCCUGGACUUUUCAAAUAUACUUACUGUAUUCAUCAAAUGUGGAAUGCAGGUAUCGGGCCUAUUAAAGAUGUUUAUAAUAUUGGAGAUAAUCCUCAGUUUUCAUUGGAAGUUCAACCAAAAGUCUCAGGAGCUAUUUGGAUAUUGUUAACUAGACACAUAACGGAUAUAGCAGAUUUCCGACAGAACCAAGAAUACAUCACCGUAUUAGUCUAUAAGAAUAAUGGAAAAAGAGUUUAUUAUCCCCAUGAUCCUCCACCGUAUAUUGAUGGUGUUAGAAUAAACAGUCCUCAUUAUUUAUCGAAGAUUAAAUUAAAUCCUGAAAGUGAAUCUAAGUACACUCUUGUUAUUUCUCAAUACGAGAAAAUGAAUACGAUUUACUAUACUUUAAGAGCCUAUGGAACAUGCCCGUUUUCUCUAAAAAAAAUGUCUGAGCCUUAUAAAUUCGAGAAAGAGAUUAAAGAUGGUCAGUGGAAAGAUAUGACUGCUGGAGGAUGCGGUAAUCAUCCAGCUACUUAUCAAAAUAAUCCACGUUAUCAGCUUACUUUAGAAAGUGAUCACAAUAAUAAUUAUCUUUUAAUAAUCUUAAAAGGCCCAAAACAAUAUCAAAUUGGAUUUGAAAUAAUAUCUGUAAAUCAUUCUGAAACGUCAUCCACUUUUCAAAGCAAGACCUCAGGACCUUUUAGGUCUGGAUUUGUGAGUUUGGAACUUGAAGAUGUUCCAGCCGGCACUUAUGAUAUUAUUCCAUCAACUUUUUUGCCAUCUCAAGAAGGACCUUUUUUUCUUACUUUUAAAAGUUCCUGUGAAUUUCAAAUUCUAAAAAUCCGUUAAUGUAUGCUAAAAUUAGGAAAAUUUUAACAAUUUACUAUCGAAGGUAAUUGAUAGUUGUUGAAAAAAUUUAAUUACCUCUUUAUAACUAAAGUGGCUGUGCUAAUUCUGCAAUUUUUAUAUUUAUAUGUAAAUCAAUAUUUGUAAUCUAAUAAUAAAU